CCCGCUCUCGGUCCAGCCUGCCCAGUGCGCUGCGCGCAGACGAUUACACGUUCAUUGCUUCAGCUAGCCUGUGCCCUCAUUUCAUCGACGAUCCUUCGCUUCGGCCUGCCACUACACCUUCCGCGAUAUUAAACCAGCGACACUCCAUCUCACAGCAAUGUUUUCAUCUCUUGUGAUCGCCCUCAUCGGGGCCUCUUCGAUUGUCAACGCGGCUCCGGUUCCUGUUGCGAGCGCCUCGGACUUCCACCUGCAGAACGGGAUAGAUGCUCAAGCCCUGAAUGCAAAGUUCACCUCGCUUGCAUCAACGGACUCGUGCACAGAUGGCGAGGAAGCGUGCGUCUCCGGCUCCUUCGCGCAAUGUGUCACCGGCGCAUGGGCUCUUACCCCGUGCACUGGCGGGACCACCUGCGUCGCUCUGCCCCUCGUUAACAAAGCCGGCACAAGCAUUACAUGCGACACGCAAGCCGAUGCCGAGACCCGCAUUGCGGCCACAGGGGCGACGGGCGGCUUGACCGGCUUCGGCUCCGGUGCAUCUUCGUCUCCGGCGCCAACCAGCGCGGCCGCCAACGCAGCAGCAGUGGCCACCACGGCGGCAGCCGCCCCCGCAUCCUCCGCCUCCGCCAGCUCGACCUCCUCCGACUUCCACCUCCAGAACGGACUGGACGCACAAACCCUCAAUGCCAAGUUCACGACGCUCGCCUCGACCGACGCUUGCUCAGAUGGUGACCAGGCAUGCGUUUCCGGCUCGUUCGCGCAGUGCGUCGCGGGAAAGUGGACCCUCUCCCCGUGUUCCGGCGGGCUCACCUGCGUCGCACUCCCGCUCGUGAACAAGGCCGGCACGAGCGUCACUUGCGACACACAAUCCGACGCGGAGACGCGGAUCGCAGCCACCGGCGCAACGGGCGGCUUGACGGGCUCCGGCUCGGCCUCGUCAUCUAGCGCUACCGCGACUUCCGCUGACACCAACGCGGAUGCGGACGUGGCAGCAUCAUUAGCAGCUCCGGCCGCGACUACCUCCGCGAGUGCGAGUGCGAGCUCUAGCUCUUCCGACUUCCACCUCCAGAAUGGCAAGGACGCCCAGGCGCUCAAUGCCAAGUUCGCCUCGCUGACCUCGAGCGAUUCCUGCUCCGACGGCGAGCAAGCUUGCGUCUCCGGCUCGUUCGCGCAGUGCGUCGGCGGCACGUGGACGGUGUCGCAGUGCGCGGCAGGCACGUCAUGCUUCGCGCUCCCGCUCGUGAACAAGGCCGGUACGAGCCUCACGUGCGACUCGCAGAGCGAUGCCGAGGCGCGUAUCGCUGCGACGGGUGCAACGGGGGGUCUUACUGGUACCACCUGAUCCCGGUAUCGGUUCGUCCUUCACUUCGCCCCAGUUCGAUCUACCGCGACGUGGAUGUUACCCCGUGCUUCCCUGUCAUACCCUUGUUGAACAACGACGACUACGUCGUCUGGCUUUUGGUGUGCCCUCUCCUCCUUCAUCCAGUCAAGGGCUUUUCUGGGUCAUCGAGCGAUGAAUUGUGAUGUAUUAGUAGCACGCAAGGUCAUGGAGUGACCUUUAUCAGGCUGUAUCUCUAGCGGGUCUCCCUACAAUGCCAUUUU